CUUUACCCACCUUUACCCAAAAUAACAAAAAUACUCAAAAUACCCAAAAUACCUUGUCCAGUCCAUCCAUGCCAUCUUCUAGACAAACCAUUCAUGAUUCCUUCUCUUCACCAGUCCAACUAUCUUCCUCGUGGUUUCCCACACCAUCUACUCCAUGCAUUUUGCAGCCUCCUUUGCCGUGUACUAGUUCUGCAUCUACUUCUGCACCUUCUACAUCUUAUGUUCUGGAAUCUUCUCCUGUAGUUCAUCGACAUCUUAUGGUAACAAGGUCUCAAGAUGGUACUCAUCGGGUGCGCACUUUACCUUCUUUAUUGUCCACUGCUGUUCCUGUUCAAGAGCCAAAGUCUUUCUCUCAUGUUGUUUGUUCUCCUAAAUGGUGUAAGGCCAUGGUUGAAGAAUAUUCUGCUUUCUUGAGUAAUGAUACAUGGGAAUUGGUUCCUUGUCCUUGUCCUUCUAAUGCUAAUAUUGUUGGUUCCAAGUGGGUUUACAAGAUUAAACAAAAAUUUGAUGGCACCAUCGAGAGACACAAAGCACGUUUAGUUGCUCAAGGUUAUAUUCAGCAACCUAGUAUUGAUUAUGAUGAUACUUUCAGUCCCGUGGUGAAACUGAUAACUAUUCGCACUAUCUUAACACUUAGAGCUUCUUGUUCUUGGCCAGUUCAUCAAUUAGAUGUCAAAAAUGCCUUUUUAAAUGGAGAGUUAACACAGCCUGUGUAUAUGCAUCAACCUCCAGGAUUUAUUGAUUCUGCUCGACUUGAUUAUGUUUGUCGGCUGUGGAAAGCUUUCUAUGGUCUAAAACAGGCUCCACGAGCUUGUCAAUCCAAAUAUAUUCUUGAGCUACUUGAGAGAGCUGGUAUGAAGGAUUGUCAAGUUGUAGCCAUUCCUCUUGAUUCUAAAAAGAAGUUAGCUGCUACUGAUAGUCCGCCAUACUUUAAUCCUUCUGGUUAUCGUAGUAUUGUGGGUGCACUGCAAUAUGCUAAUUUUACUCACUCGGAUAUUGCCUUUGUUGCUCAACAAGUGUGUCAAUAUAUGCAUGCUUCUAUUGUUCUUCACUUUCAGGCUGUCAAGAGAAUCCUUCGGUAUCUUAAAGGAACUUUGCACUAUGGUCUUCAACUUCGCAAAACUCAGAACUUUUCUCUACAUGUUUUUAUUAACAUUGACUAGGCAAGGUGUUUGGACACUCAUUAGUCCACUUUUGGAUUUUGUUUAUUUCCUAGUAGUUCUCUCAUUUCUUGGUCUUCCAAGAUGCAAUCUACAAUUUCUCAUUCCGGUGCUGAGAUGGAAUACCGUGCUAUUGCUAAUGCAAUGGCGAAAGCCAAUUGGGUUCACCAACUUCUAUAUAAAUUGUCACUUUUCCU